CUUCCUGGUCAACCACGGAGACUGUAUUUGAUAUACAGAAAUCCAAGUCAAAUUCCGACACGUUGUUACAAUGGCUUCCACCUCGAAGUGUCUCUCCAGAGACUCAGCUGCCAUCAAUGAAUUCAUUGAUAAGUUUGAUGUGAGUUGAGCAUUCCGAUAGUCCAAUUCCAGCAAACACACACUGACCUGCAGUCCAGAUCUUCUUACUCGAUUGCGACGGUCGUUCUACCCUCACGGAGAGUGAGGAUUCCACUGACCGUCAACAGGAGUACUAUGGUCGGGCGAGCACCUUUUUCCAGGAACAGUCGAGACAUUAGAGAUGUUGAGAUCUAGAGGCAAGAAAGUCGUCUUCGUCACCAAUAAUUCUACGAAAUCUCGCGCAGACUACCAGAAGAAGCUCACAUCAAUGGGAAUACCAAGUAAUGUAGAAGAAAUAUUUGCAUCCGCCUACUCCUCUGCCAUCUAUAUCUCUCGCAUCCUCAAACUCCCCGGCCCCAAAAACAAAGUCUACGUACUUGGCGAAAGUGGCAUCGAGACGGAACUAAAGUCCGAGGGAAUCGAGUUUAUCGGGGGGACAGAUCCUGCAUACAGACGGGACUUUACACCAGAAGACUACACGCGCAUUGCGGACGGGUCAAUGCUGGAUGAUAAUGUUGGGAUUGUUCUUGCUGGUCUGGACUUCCACGUCAAUUACCUGAAGCUUUCCCUUGGAUACCACUAUCUCGCACGAGGAGCUGUCUUCCUAGCUACAAAUCUGGAUAGCACGUUACCGAACAGCCAUACAUUCUUCCCUGGCGCAGGAUCGAUUUCCAUACCCUUGAUCAAUAUGACGGGACAACAACCCACAGCAUUGGGAAAGCCCAGUCAGGCAAUGAUGGAUUCUAUCGAGGGGAAAUUUCAGUUCAAUCGUAAGAAGGCGUGCAUGGUAGGAGAUAGACUGGAUACGGAUAUUAGGUUCGGAAUCGAGGGGAAGUUGGGUGGAACUCUGGCGGUUUUGACGGGUGUUAGUAAGAAGGAGGAGUGGGAGGCUGAGGGAGCUCCUGUUGUACCCGCUUAUUAUGUAGAGAAGUUGAGCGAUUUGAGAGGAUGAGUCUAGGGAUGCUGGGAGUCUAGGGUCGCUGAAUAUGUGAGCACGACUUUGUGUCAAGGCUCGGGAAGGAGACUGUCUCCGGCACCUGAGACAGUGGUGCUCAUUGAUGACAGGUUCGAUUCGAUUCUCUAGAUUAGAAUUGGGUGCUGGAUGCCAGGGAAAUUAGAUGUGUCGAAAUCUUGCAUUCCACAAUAAGUGGUGUUUGUAACAGAGAAAAGAAUUAGACGCCUAUAUUUGCAGCUGAACUUGACCGAACACUUAGUGGCCGAGUUGUAAGACUCCAGCGUGUCGAUAUAGCUCCAGGGUCUUGACUGUUGGAAAUAACACUGAGCAAAAGGCACUGUUCUGGGACUCCUAGUA